CCAAGAGAUGUUGUCAAAGACCUUUUCCAUGUCUAUCAGCAUCAAAAUGGCUUUUUUAUCUGCUCUUGCUUCUAAAUAUUCUAAAAUAUCAAGUAUGUUUCUCAUUUUAUUGUUCAUGUAUCUGCCUGGUAAGAAGCCAGCCUGAUCUCUGUGUAUUAUUUCAUUCAAUACUUUUUUUUAAUCUGUUGGCUAGGAUGUUAGCAAAUAUUUUAUAAUUGUUAUUGAACAAUGAUUUAGGUCUAUAAUUUUUGAAUAGUGUUGGAUCUGCUCCUUGUUUGGGUAUCAGUGUGAUAAAUGCUUCUUCCCAUGAUUUUGGUAUUCUUCCUUCCUUUAAAAUUCCGUUUAGUACUGUUUCAUUGGUUCUGAUAAUAUAUCUUCUAACUUCUUAUGAAAUGCCACCGAUAAUCCAUCCGUACCUGGGGACUUUCCUAUCUUUGCUCUUGAGAUUGCUGCACCUCCAUCAUCGCUGUUGGUACAUUUAGUUGUUCUAUUUUCCAAUCUGCUAUUGGCGGGAGUCUAUUUUGUGCUAUGUGUCUUUCCAUUUCCUCCUCUUGGUCUUCUUCUGCACGGUAAAACUUCUUAUAGUAAUUUAAUUUUUCUUUGCAUAUUUCUUUAGGAUCUUCAAUUAUUUUUCAUUUCUCUAUUACUCUCUCUUCUUAUUUUUUCUUUAAUUGCCAUGCAAGUAGCCUACCUGAUUUUUUGGAACCACUGGAGAGGUAUAGAAAUGGGGCUUCUGUUGGGAAGGGGCUGCCCCAUUUGUGCUUCUCCAGGGGCAGGAGAAUCCCUGCAGGGCCUCUGAGGCUGCCUUUCCUUCUUCCUCUCUCCCAGGACCCUCCAGCUCGUUCUGGCUCCUUGUCUCCUCAGGAAAGAUAAAAGGGACGGAUUCUGCAAACCUAGUGAGAAUGGAAGGGGGAAGAUGGACGGAUGACCUGGUCAGGUUGUCUCCUGCGUCCCUCCUCUCAACCUCUGAGCGUUCCCUCCCAAGGAGCUCUGAGAGAUCUGAUGGAGAUGAACUGGAAGGGAAGAACAAGGGGGACCACAACAGAAUCCACAUAGCGGAGAAGUCAUAUAAACAUUCGGAGUGUGGAGAGAACAUCCGUCAGAGCUCCCAGGACACCUCCCGUCAAAGAAAGAGCUUCGUUCAGAGGGAUAGCCUCACUGCACACAAAAGAGGACAGAGCAGGAAGAAAUUGUAUCAGUGCAGAGAAUGUGGAAAAAGCUUUAAUCAAAGCACACAUUUCACUUCCCAUCAAAGAAUUCAUACCGGGGAGAAACCCUAUCAGUGCUUGGAAUGUGGGAAGAGCUUCAGUCUCAGACACCAUCUCACUUCCCAUCAAAGAACGCAUACAGGAGAAAAACCCUAUCAGUGCUUGGAAUGUGGGAAGAGCUUUAAUCAAAGCACACAUCUCACUUCCCAUCGCAGAAUUCAUACAGGGGAGAAACCCUAUCAGUGCUUGGAAUGUGGGAAGAGCUUUAAUCAAAGCACACAUCUCACUUCCCAUCAAAGAAUUCAUACCGGGGACAAACCCUAUCAUUGUCUGGAAUGCGGAAAGAGCUUCAGUCUCAGGCACCAUCUCACUUCCCAUCGCAGAAUUCAUACAGGGGAGAAACCCUAUCAGUGCUUUGAAUGCGGGAAGAGCUUCAGGGAGGGGGCCAGCCUCACUUUGCAUCAAAGAAUUCAUAGAGGGCAGAAACCGUAUCACUGCUUGGAAUGUGGAAAGAGCUUCAAUCGGAAGGUGAAUCUCACUUACCAUCAAAGAACUCAUACAGGGGAGAAACCCUAUCAGUGCUUGCAAUGUGGAAAGAGCUUCACUGAUAGCUCCAGUCUCACUUCCCAUCACAGAAUUCAUACAGGAGAAAAACCCUAUCAGUGCUUGGAAUGUGGAAAGAGCUUUAAUCAAAGCAGCUCUCUCACUUCCCAUCGCAGAAUUCAUACAGGGGAGAAACCCUAUCAAUGCUUUGAAUGCGGGAAGAGCUUCAGGGAGGGGGCCAGCCUCACUUCCCAUCAAAGAAUUCAUACCGGGGAGAAACCCUAUCAGUGCUUGGUAUGUGGAAAGAGCUUUAAUCAAAGCACCAAUCUCACUUCACAUCAAAGAAUUCAUACAGGUGAGAAACCCUAUCAGUGCAUGGAAUGUGGAAAGAGCUUCACUCAUAGCUCCCAUCUCACUUGCCAUCAAAGAAUUCAUACAGAGGGGAAACCAAAAAAGAGAAAUAAAACAAAAAAUAUUAAACAAUCCUUACAAAAUACAAUUGUAUAGAAAAGAGAAAGGGGGGAUAUAAACUAAAAAUACUGUUUAUGCCAUUUGUAUCAUAUAUAUCAUAUCAUUCGUCAACCCAUAGAAAGGCAGGCUCCCCCACUUCUCCCCUGCGUGACCCCCUCUUCUCCCCGUCUCCCACCCUGAGAGAUCCUUCCUUCCCUGCUUUCCUUGCAGGUCCCUUGCACCUCCAACUCUCCUCUUCCUAUGUGUGUCCUCCUAAAUUCAAAAUAAAGGAAUCUUAAUAUGAAA